UGUAAAUGUGCUCAGUACUGGCCGGAUCAGGGCUGCUGGACCUAUGGGAACAUCCGAGUGUCCGUGGAGGACGUGACCGUCCUGGUGGAUUACACCGUGCGGAAGUUCUGCAUCCAGCAGGUCGGCGACGUCACGAACAAGAAGCCUCAGCGCCUGGUGACUCAGUUCCACUUCACCAGCUGGCCCGACUUCGGGGUCCCCUUCACCCCCAUCGGGAUGCUGAAGUUCUUGAAGAAGGUGAAGACAUGUAAUCCUCAAUAUGCAGGAGCAAUAGUAGUGCACUGCAGCGCCGGGGUGGGACGCACGGGCACUUUUAUCGUCAUCGAUGCCAUGCUGGACAUGAUGCACGCGGAGAGGAAGGUGGAUGUUUACGGCUUCGUCAGCCGGAUCCGGGCUCAGCGCUGCCAGAUGGUACAGACAGAUAUGCAGUAUGUGUUUAUAUACCAAGCACUUCUGGAGCACUAUCUCUAUGGUGACACGGAGCUGGAGGUGACCUCCUUAGAGAUCCACCUCCAGAAGAUCUACAACAAAGUGCCGGGGACCAGCAGCAAUGGGCUGGAAGAGGAGUUUAAGAAGCUCACUUCAAUCAAAAUUCAGAAUGACAAGAUGAGAACGGGCAACUUGCCGGCAAACAUGAAGAAGAACAGAGUGCUUCAGAUAAUUCCAU